AGGCUCCCUCGCAGCAGCCAAAAGGAGCUGCGGGGAAAGAAGGCGGCCGAGCUGUGCUUCUCCCGCUGCUGACGGAUGAAUUUAUAGACACUGCAGCCUCCCAUUGUGCGAAGCGGUGCCGCUGCCGCCGGUACCUUAGAGAUGUGGGUGGCACAGGCAGAAGGCUCUUGAAGGGCGCCUGGCGGAAUCUAACCUGUGGCAGACUCGAAGUUCCCGGCACUCACAAGGUUCCCAGCCUGGCUUGGCUGAUCAAGCCAAACUCUCCUUUGCUUCAGCAGAGUCCUUGGAAACCAUGUCGGAAGCUGAACUGCCCAUUGGGUUCAACAGAAUGAACCGCUUCCGGCAAAGCUUGCCUCUCUCCCGUUCCACCAGCCAAACAAAACUCCGGUCACCAGGCAUCCUUUUCCUGCAGUUUGGGGACGAGACAAGGAGGGUUCACAUCACCCAUGAAAUUAGUAGCAUGGAUACGCUGCAUGCCCUCAUUGUCCACAUGUUUCCUCAGAAGCUAACGAUGGGGAUGCUCAAGUCACCCAAUACUGCCAUCCUGAUCAAGGAUGAAUCUCGCAACGUCUUCUAUGAGUUGGAGGAUGUCAGGGAUAUCCAGGACAGAAGCAUUAUCAAAAUCUACCGCAAAGAGCCCCUCUAUGCUUCCUUCCCUGGAUCCCAUAUCACCAAUGGUGACCUGCGGAGAGAGAUGGUCUACUCUUCUAGGGAGUCCUCCCCCACCCGGCGUCUAAACAGCAUGUCCCCAGCUGCUCAUCUCACCUCUGGCUCUCCUCCACCUGUGCUCCAAUCAUCCUCCCCGGCCCGUUCCCGCAUGUCUUACAGCGGUGGACGCCCACCUUCCUAUGCUGGCAGCCCUGUGCACCAUGCAGAACGCCUCUCCAACCUGCCUCCAGCCCAGGGUGUGUCACCGAGCCCGAGUGCUAUCUUGGAACGCCGGGAUGUCAAACCAGAUGAGGAUCUGGCUGGGAAGAACAUGGUACUGAUGAAAAAUGAGGGCCUGUACGCUGACCCCUACAGCAUGGUGCAUGAGGGACGCUUGAGCAUUACAUCCACUCAGUCGUUAGCUGGGAUGGGAGACCCAUUUGCCUACCCUGGAGGGCUCUACAAGCGGGGUUCAGUCCGUUCUCUCAGCACCUAUUCAGCUGCUGCUCUGCAAACAGAACUGGAAGACAGCUUAUAUAAGCCCAAUGCACAGAUCUAUAGUGAUACCUACGGUACAGGGAUGGGCUUCCGCUUGCCUCCAUCAUCCCCCCAGAAAAUUGCAGAUGGGCGGCUGGUGGACGUUCAGCAGAGCCAAAGCCCACAUAGCCCUUACUCAGGGCCUCCAAGCCGGUCUUCACCAGUCCGCCAGUCCUUCCGCAAAGACUCUUGCUCCUCAGUAUUCAUGGAAAGCCCUGUCAACAAGCCACGGAAUCAAAGUUCUUCGGGGCCUUCGGACCUCUUCCCUGGACCUGGGGAACGCCCGCUUUCUGGCUUCAGCUCACCAGUGCCUCCCAAGGAUACGGAAACAAGGGAACGCAUGGAAGCGAUGGAGAAACAGAUCGCCAGCCUCACAGGAUUGGUGCAGAGUGCAUUGAUGCGAAGUUCUGAUGCAGAAACCCCCAACGAGAGGACAGAAGGGACCAACGGAGGGACGCCUCCAUCAGCACCCCCUAGCAGGAGCAGUGUAGGGACACCGGUGCCUGGCCCUCCACCCCCGUCCACGACUGGCACGCCGGCUGGGCAGCCCACAGCCAUCACCCGCCUGCACAUGCAGCUGCACCUUCAUGACCUGCAGCAGAAUGCCAGUGACCUCCGCAACCAGCUACACCAACUCAAAAAAAUGCAGCUGCAAAACCAGGAGACAGUGAAGACGAUGCUGCGGCGGACAGAGACGGAGAUCAGUGUGCGGGUGAUGGACACUAUGCGCAAGCAGGAGGACCCUUUGCAGCGCCAGCGCACCCUGGUGGAGGAGGAGCGCCUACGCUACCUCAAUGAGGAAGAGCUCAUCACUCAGCAGCUGAAUGACCUGGAGAAAGCUGUGGAGAAAAUCCAGAAAGACUGCAGCCACAAUCAUCGGCUUAUCUCUCCACAAGAGCUGGAGGAGAAGUCCUUGGUGCUUAAACAGCUGGGAGACACCUUGACAGAACUGAAGGCUAAUUUUCCCAGCCUGCAGAGCAAAAUGCGUGUGGUCCUCCGUGUGGAAGUUGAGGCUGUGAAGUUCCUCAAGGAAGAGCCUCACCGGCUGGAUGGCCUUUUCAAGAGGUGCAAGAUAGUGACCGACACCUUGGCACAAGUCCGCAGGCAAGUGGAUGAGGGUGUCUGGGAUCCAUCCAGUAGCCUUCUUAGCCAGUCUCCAAAGAAGGUGGAGCCAGAAAGUGACUUCAGCAAGAACCUGGAUUUUGAGAUACCCACCAGCCCUCCGAUGAACCUCAAUGACUUGACUGCUUCGACUGAUAGCUUGGGAACAAGCAGCUUUGGUCAAAUUCCAGGACAGAUCCACAUCUCCAAAAGCAGCAACCCAUCCCGGGGUUCAGAGAUGGCUGCCAUCAAGACCCAGAUGGGCUGUGACACCCCAAGCAAGAGGAAUGUGGACAGAUCGGUGUCUAUAGAGGCAGCAGAGAGAGACUGGGAGGAGAAGCGGGCAGCCUUGACCCAGUACAGCGCUAAGGACAUUAACCGCCUCCUGGAAGAGACCCAAGCGGAGUUGAUGAAAGCCAUCCCAGACUUGGAGUUUGCAGCCAAGCACAAGCAGACAUCCAGCAGUGGUGGCAGUGGAAGCGCAGCCUCAACCCCUGAGCACAAGCCCCCCAAGCCCCAACAUGCACAGAAGACCACAGCCAAAAUGGAUCCCAAUGGUCGCCGUGGUUCAGAUGAGUUGACGGUGCCCAGAUAUCGAACUGAGAAGCCCUCAAAGUCUCCGCCCCCACCCCCACCUCGACGAAGUUUCCCAUCCUCUCACGGUCUCACGACCACUCGCACAGGAGAAGUGAUUGUCACCAGCAAAAAAGAAUCUAGCUUUAUGAAGAAAGCGGAGUCAGAAGAGCUGGAGACGCAAAAGCCGCAAGUGAAACUGAGGAGGACUGUGUCAGAAGUUGCCAGGCCAGCUUCGACUCCCCCCAUCAUUGCCUCUGCCAUCAAAGAUGACGACGAUGAAGAUAGGAUCAUUGCUGAACUUGAGGUCUUUCAGAGAAGCUCUUCAUUUAUUCCUAAGUUCCGUUGUGACCAGCUUGCACCAGCUGCAGACAUGUGGCCCAAUGGGGCCACCGUAGCACCUGAAGGAUGGAAGGCAUCACUUACUGCUGGCCAUUGUGUAGCUGGGGCAAGCUUCAGUUCACACAGCCUCCCUCGAGCCCAAGCAUCACGAUCCCAGAUAUUCGGGCGUUUGAAUCAGAGUUUGGAGUGGAAAGAGAGCCAACCAUCAACCCAGCACAACCAGGAGUCAGGACUCUCAAAGCCUCUGCCAGAGGCAGGUUUGGAAGUAUGCAGUCUUCAGAUCAGUAACCACCAAAGCAUCAGCGGACAGUCGGGAAUUGCUGGACAGACUACAGCAGAAACAGAAGAGAAGCCUAAGAGGGCAGAAAUUUUGAUUGGCAAGUUGAGCAAAAAUGACUGGCAGCUGGAACCAUUAGUUUCUACAUCAUCAGGGUUACCCAGUGAGGCAUUAAUGUGUCCCCAGUCUCCACAGAAAUCAAUAAUAACUCAGGGAUCUCUGCCAAGCCCUGGAAAUGAGCAUCCUUUCAACAGUACUAACGGGGCAAAAGGCACAUUGGAGUCUGAAAGAACAAGAGCUUCACUGGAGAAUACAGCUGCUCAACUAGAAGGCACGCUGAUUUUGAACUUUGCAGAGAAGCAAGACAAUGGUUGGCAGACAUCUGUGCAAGGAACCAGAGUCCAUAUAGCAGACAGUCAAGAAGCUCUUAACCCAUUAGAAGUCACAUUUGGUUGUGAAACAUUUUCUUCAUCUAUGGAAAAAGAUGAAAUAUUCAUAGGGUUGUAUAGCAAAAAUGGUAUUGCAGAACCCAAAAGGGGAGAAACCAACCAGAGUCUAGAGGAGUCACUGACGGGUUUGAAAGACCCUACAUGUGUUUGCACACAGAUGCAAAGAGAUUGUCUAUCAGAUGUUCCAAAAUUGCAUUUUCCCUUGCAGAAUCCAAAGUCCCCCUUGUACAAGGAUACCACUGAGUUUGAUACAGAAUCCAAGCAGAAGCCCUUGGAACUGGCGUGUACCCUGACAGUAGAAGAUGAGAUAAAGAGAGAACUAGAAGAGCAACAAAAGGAAUGCACAUCUCUUGAUAAUGCAAGCUUAAGCAGUCAUGAGAUUUGCAGAGAUACUUACCAAAGGCUGGACAACCUGGAAGAGACCAUCAGAGAACUUGAAAUGGCUAUCAGUGAAAUCAGCUUCCAUGCAUCCACUGAAUUUAUGCUCCCCCAACUAAGAUCUGUCGACACUGAAAAAGAAGAGAGAAAGGUGGACACCAGUGUGUCCAGGCGCAACCAUGCUACUUUGGGGGAUGAGGCAUUUGACUGCCAGAUGUUAAAGCCUCCAGAAACAAGCAACAACCCACCCAAGUCUUCUCCAACCAGUUACAAACCAUCUUUGCUUCCUAAGCCGCAGUUCCUGCUCAGUGGCAAUCCACAGAGUGGCAGCGGUGUCUCCAUCCCAGCCAUGAAGAUGGUCAACCCAGCAUCACGGUUGAAGCAAACGCAGCAGGGCAGCCCAGACAAAAGCAAACACAUAAAGCAACGCAUGGAAUACAUGCGCAUCCAGGGACAGCAACAGUCAUUGGAUUAAAUUUGGAAGAAGAGCAAAGACUUGAAAAAAGCACUGAAUUUUAAGCCUGUAACUAAUGCCCCCCCAAUCUUCUCAACCAUGCAGAAGCAGCCAACUAUUAUGAAAGGGGGAAAGAGACUGUUAUAAGAAGGGACACAACCAAAGUAGGUAGCAGAAGGUUAAUUUGAACGAUACUGGGAACAGGGUCUGGGAACAGAAAGUCAUGCUUCCUAUGAAAUUAAGCCGCAUAAUGUAGCACUUUAAAUGUCUGUUCAAUUGCUGUAUACAUGAGACUGAACGGAGCCCUUGAAAUGUGUAGAAAACCAAAUAGGAGGCAGAAGUCAGGGAGAUGGGGGCAUCAGGGUAUCAAAGAAGGUGGGUAAUAAGGGAAAGGAAGGAUUUGCAGAGGACUGAUGGAGAUGGAGUAGAGUUCUGCAACAUCUAAGCAAUGAGAUUUUGGUGGGAGAGAGGUGGAGCAGGUCACAAAGAGGUGAAUCCCCUUUGUUCAAUAACUAUGAAGUGAGGCUACUUCAUAAAUGAAAGGUGGGUCCUCAGAUGGUAAGAAGUGAUACGGAGCUAAGAUGUUCACAGAGGUAUUGUUGGUAUUGCAGGGAUUCCAUCCUAGAUUAUGAAGGCCUCGGCUGUAGGAGAAAAGAAUAGCAGGGCAAUGGAGUGAAGCCAAGAGUUAAUGAGAAAGUCUUUCCUUUCAGUACUAAAGGGACUUGCUCAGGGGACCAUCCCACUGUAUUUUUUUCUUGGCGUAGUUGGUGGACUGGAUCCAAGUGGUUGGCUCUUUAGCUCAGAAUUGCCACCUCUUGCCUUGGAAAUUUUGCUUGGCACUUGAAUAGAAAAUCAAGCUUUGGGUAUCCAGUGGGUUGGGUUCCUUUUUCUUCUUGACUAAUGGGAUGUGAAAACUUUGGUAGUUUCCAGGAGGACUCUGUAUGGAAUUUGGGUUAUAGAAAGCACAGAAGGGAUUUAAACACAAAUUAUAGCACAGUUAAGAGAAUGUGAAGGGAAAGAAUGUUAAAUGUUGGUGAGACUGAGCUCCGAAACACCAUCGGGCUGAGCAAGAAAGGCAGAAACAGUUUGUUUUUGUGAAAGAUUUCUUCAAAUAAAAGUACAAUAUGUAUGCACGUAUGUUGGGAUGACAGUCCAGGGACAGGAGGGUGGAACGUUCCUUGUGGAGUGAGUAAAAGACACAGUCUGGGGCAUGUGUGUUUUCUGUGCAAACUCAGUUCUAAAGAAAAUGAAGUGCUCCCUUUCUGUCUCAGGAAAGGUAGUGGCAUCUGAGGUCUUGCAGUUAUUUCAAUAGAACUUGUGCAGGAGAAAUUCUUCUGGGGUUCUGCCCUAAAAUAUUAAGCACAGACAAUAACUUAAGAAAUACCUUAUGUGAUGUGCGUGCACAUAGGAGGGUGCACAUUGACUUGUAUAGCAAAAUGGCGCUUGAUUGUAAAAUAAAAUACAAAGAUAUGAAGAGUCUGUAUGCAACAUAAUACAAGAUGUAAACACUCCGUGUUUGGUUGACUAGCUCGUCUUUUUAAUUUAAUUAUUCUUGGAAUUUUUUGGUGGGGAUGAAGUAUGGGAGUUUGAUUUUUUUUAUGGGUUUUUCCUUCUUUUUUGUAAAUCAAUCAUUUUUGUAUAAAAAAUUUUAAGAGAGUCUUUUUUUGAAUAACAAAGUUUUAAAAAAAGUUUUAAAAAAAUUAAAUAUGUUAACAUCAACAAUCCGUAAUGCAAUUUCUUGGGAUUGCGCAAAAUGAAAAAAGAAAACGAAACAAAAAAG